AUGAAUCGUCAGCCUGAAGGAGUGAUUCCACAGUUCGAGCAACUUCUCGAAGAAUUGGAAAAACUCCUGAUGCAGACAGUCGUCCAUAAAAAGAAAUUUGAAUUCGCUUUCAGCCAAUUCAGAAAAUUUAUUGAAGAAUAUUCACAAGAUCCAUCAUCGAAUACAUACCUCAAUGAACAUGAAGAUAUUAAAUUACAAAUUAACAAUGCUAUAAUGAAUUUCAGAGAUGUUUUAUUACAAUAUGAUAAACACCGAUGGACCUUGUCAACAGUAGAUAAUCCAAGUAAUACUGCAGGCACGGCCUUGUGCAGUAUCGUUAGCAAACUUCAGCAAAUUGUUUCAACUUUCACUGAGGCCGGCUCAAAAUGCUUUGAUCCUGAAUCGCCACAGUGGUUGCAGUACCAUAUUUUAGAUUUGAAAUAUAUACAGUCAUCCUUUAAGAAUUACUUAGAGCUGAAUAACGACAAUUCAGAAAAUUGCUUGCGAAUUGAGAAAAGGCUUGAAUCAAUCGAUAAUUUUAUCAACCAAUAUGAAAAGGAAUCCGCUGCAAUUCAAUUCCGCGUUUUUUCUCCAAUUCCUCUGAAUUAUCAAUCAUGGCGCUUAAAUCAUAAAGAUCUAAACAAAGUCAAAGAAAUCGGACAUGGCGUAUCCUCAGUAGUUUACUAUGGUUACGAUAACCGUACCAAAAACGAAGUAGCCAUCAAAGAAUUAAAAUAUCCAAUUUUAUCAGGUCCAAGUCUUAACCAAUUCCAACGCGAGCUUACAGUUCUUGCUACAGCUAGACAUCCCCGCGUACUUGGCUUCGUCGGAGCCACCGAAACCGCUCCUUAUUGCAUUGUCACAGAAUGGAUGGGCGGUGGAACAUUGUACAACAUAUUACACUCGCCAAAACCAACGAAUCCCACCAUGCUCAGUAUCUGUAUGUACGAUAUAGCCCGUGGAAUGCAGUUUCUCCACUCAAGACACAUCGUACAUCGCGAUUUGAAAUCCCUGAACGUUCUCUUCGACAACAAAGGCCUUGCACACAUUGGCGAUUUCGGAUUCAGCCGUCGCGAAGACGAUAAAAUGACACAAUCCAUAGGAACACCGCAUUGGAUGGCUCCAGAAUUACUGGCAACAGGAUCAUUUUACACGAACAAAGUUGAUGUUUACGCGUACGGCAUUGUCUUGUGGGAGAUUCUCACUAAGCAAUAUCCAUACAAUCUCAUGGACCCACAGCAAAUUGUUGCACAAGUUCUUGCAAAUGAUUUGCGACCAGAAAUUCCGGAAAAUUCUCCACCAAGAUUGGCAUCAUUAAUCAAAAAGUGCUGGGAUAGAAAUCCUGAUGCCAGGCCAAGCUUCGAUCGUAUUGUCAGCGAGCUGCAGCAAGGAAAUACUCUUCUGGAAGGUGCCGAUCGAAAGGUAUUUCUUGAAUACACAGCACAGUUUGUUACACAGAUUUCUGACCAAUCAUAUCACAUUGAAUCACAAUUGGAAGAACAAACGACAACAAACGAUGAAAACAAAUUUAUCGAUUUCGUGAUAACCCUUGAGAAAGAAGGUAUUCCACCAAACCUUGUUGACAGAUGCUGGCAGAAGUUCUUGUCUUCAAACUCAAUGAGAGAUGAAGUUAGAGCAAGAUGCGCGGUUUUGUUCUUGAAAACUUCUAUGAAAAAUCAAGUGUCACUUUUUCUCAGAAAACUUCCACGUAAAUCGAUUCCUAUUGAAUCCAUUACAUGGGCUGUAGAACUUAUACCAACAGGCAGUGAAGAUAUCGAUACAAACAUCGUUGUCACUGCUUGCAAGAACGGUUGUGCAGAUGCAAGUUCAGUUUACGCUGUAAAUCCAAAUCACAUCAAAUUAUCUCUUGAAUGCGUUGCUCAAAACGGUGUUCGAGAGAACCUGAAAGCAGCUGUUGCUGAUAGAUGUGUACAGUGCUUGGGAUCUUCAGAUCCGUCAAUGGUUUGCACUGCUUUGAGAUGUUUGGUCGGAAUAGGUGAAAUGAGGAGAAUUACUCCGAGUGCAAUCAAAGCUUGUUUGUCUUCUAGCGAUGAAUCAGUCCAGAAUUGCAUUUUCGUGGCUGGAUCUGCACUCGUAAGAGAGGGAAUCAGUGUUCCUAAUGAGUUCAUUGACUCUUUACUGAAGGAGUUCUUCUCAAAGAGACAAAUUGUCAUAACUUGCGUAAUCAUUUCUUGCAAAGAUACGGGAAUUGCUUCAAAAACACUGGAUUUGAUUAAGAAUAAUCUACAAAGUGUAGAGAUAAGUGUUCUUUUGAGGAUUUUCUUCUCAAGUGCUCAGCAUAUCAAAUUAAGACCAAAAAUUAGAGAAAUUAUGGAGUCAAUGAACCCAGAAACAAUGGAAAAUGACAUGAAACAGAGAUAUGAAGACUUAUUACAAAGAUUGAAGUCGGACUAA